CUCCCCUGAGAGAGUAGAGAGAAAGAGCAACCUCCAUUCCACCACACACCUUUGAAACCCAAACCCCCAAAUUCAUAUCCAUACAAACACAAAGACUCCACCUUUCUCUUCUAUCUUCUCACCAUGGAGCUCCACCGCCUCGACCUCCGCUCCACCUUCCUCGCCGGCUCCACCCCCACCUCCUCUCUCCCGCCUCGCCUCCGCUCCCUAAUCUCCGCCCAAUCACCCAAACCCACCUCCCCCUCCAUCAAAAUCACUUCUUUAUUCAAACCCUCAACACCCACUUCACAUAUCCGCACAAAGCUCCCGGCUUUGGCCGUCGAAACUCCGGUGGCCACGUCAGAGAACACCGACAUUGAGUCUCUGUUUUCUGACAACUCCGGGAACGGGACCCACGAACGUAAACGUGGCAAGAAGAGCUCCAAUUCCGGAGCUUCCGGCGUUUCUUCCGGUGUGAAGCUCGAGAAUGUGACCAAGAGCUAUAAGGGUGUGACUGUGUUGAAGGAUGUGACGUGGGAAGUGAAGAAGGGUGAGAAGGUUGGACUGGUGGGUGUGAAUGGUGCGGGGAAGACGACCCAGAUGAGGAUUAUUGCUGGUUUGGAGGAGCCGGACUCGGGGAAUGUGAUAAAGGCGAAAUCGAAUAUGAAGAUUGCGUUUUUGAGUCAGGAGUUUGAGGUUUCGAUGAGUAAGACGGUGAGGGAGGAGUUUAUGAGUGCUUUUAAGGAGGAGAUGGAGGUGGCUGAGAGGCUGGAGAGGGUGCAGAAGGCGUUGGAGAAUGCUGUGGAGGAUAUGGACUUGAUGGGGAGGCUGUUGGAUGAGCUGGAUAAGCUGCAGAAUCGGGCGCAGGAGUGUGACUUGAGUAUGGUGGAUGCAAAGAUUAGUAAGUUGAUGCCGGAGCUUGGGUUUGCGCCCGAGGAUGGGGAUAGGUUGGUGGCUUCGUUUAGUAGUGGUUGGCAGAUGAGGAUGUCGCUUGGCAAGAUUUUGCUGCAGGACCCUGAUUUACUACUGCUGGAUGAGCCUACAAAUCACCUUGACCUUGACACAAUUGAGUGGCUCGAAGAUUAUCUCAAUCAGCAAGAUGUGCCAAUGGUUAUCAUAUCUCAUGACCGAGCUUUUCUCGAUCAAUUGUGUACAAAAAUAGUGGAAACUGAUAUGGGUGUCUCCAGAACGUAUGAGGGAAAUUAUUCUGAGUAUUAUAUUGCAAAGGCAGCUUGGAUUGAAAGUCAAAAUGCUGCUUGGGAGAAGCAACAAAAGGAAAUUGAGCACACAAAAGAUUUGAUACACAGGUUGGGCGCUGGAGCAAAUUCUGGCCGUGCGUCUUCUGCUGGAAAGAAGCUGGAGAAACUUCAGGAAGAGGACCUAGUUGAAAGGCCGUUCCAGAGGAAACAGAUGAGGAUCAGGUUUCCUGAACGGGGAAGAAGUGGAAGAUUUGUUGCAACACUUAAGAAUCUGGAAGCUGGCUUUGGGGAUAAGGUGCUGUUUAGCAGAGCAAAUCUCACAAUUGAAAGGGGAGAGAAGAUUGCCAUUAUUGGCCCAAAUGGAUGUGGAAAGAGUACUUUGCUGAAACUAAUAAUGGGGUUACAAAAGCCAACAGCUGGUGAAGUUCUGCUUGGGGAGCAUAAUGUCCUACCAAACUAUUUUGAACAAAAUCAGGCUGAGGCACUGGAUUUAAAUAAAACAGUGCUUGAGACAGUAGAAGAAGCAGCAGAGGACUGGAGACUUGAUGAUAUAAAGGGUCUCCUUGGUCGUUGUAAUUUCAAAGCUGAUAUGCUUGAUAGAAAAGUUUCCCUCCUAAGUGGUGGUGAGAAGGCGCGCCUUGCUUUCUGCAAGUUCAUGGUAAAGCCAUCUACUCUUCUAGUUCUGGAUGAACCGACAAAUCACUUGGAUAUUCCUUCGAAAGAGAUGCUUGAGGAGGCAAUAAAUGAGUACAAGGGCACUGUUAUCACAGUUUCUCAUGACCGAUACUUCAUAAAGCAAAUAGUUAACAGAGUAGUGGAAGUUAAAGACAGAAGAUUGCAAGAUUAUGCAGGCAAUUACAAUUAUUAUCUAGAGAAGAAUCUAGAUGCUAGGGAAAGAGAGCUCGAGCGUGAGGCAGAGAUUGAGGAAAAGGCUCCUAAAGUGAAAGCGAAAUCGAAGAUGUCCAAGGCUGAAAAGGAAGCUCGAAAGAAGCAAAAGAUGCAGGCAUUCCAGCAAGCAAAGGCAAAAUCAAAAGGAACAAAGAACGCUAAAAGAUGGAAUUAAGUAGUUUAUUUCGAAGCGGCCCAGUUUACCAGCUGCUCGAUCAUGUAUGUAUAUAUCAAUUAGUACAUUAAUAGAUUUCCAGGAACAAGCAACGCCAAAACAGAAAUGCUGUACCUGAAGCAUCUGCUUUUUGCUCGGUAGUUGCAGAACAUGGAACACAAGUACGUGCUUUCACAAUCUAACCACAGAUUUAGACAUGAGAGCCACAUGGUUUGAUUGUAUUGCAUAGAAUCUGUAAAUUUAUUGGCCACAAUGAAUACUGUAUAUUCACAUUUGAAAAACUAGUUGCCGAGUCUUUCUGCCAUUACAGGAGUGAGCCGAUUCUUUAUUUUUUAAUGACAAUGAGGAAAAAGAUAUAUC